AUGUUCGUUUCACAAUCCAAAGUUUUAGAAUGUAAGUUAAUUAUGAUAUACUUAGAAUGUUUAUUAGACAUAACCAAACAAGUCUUAGGGGAAUAAAUAGAUAGAGAAAAUAGGGGAGCUGUACUUAAUCGAAUAAAGGAAAUCACUUUAGAAACAUUCUAAAAACAUUACUCAGAAGAGAUACUCUUAUUACAAUAAGAAUUACGUUAAUAGAAUUAGAUUAAUGAUCGUAUCAAAAGAGAAUAUUAAGAUAGGGAACAAUAAUUAAUGAUUGAUUUAGAACAUAAAUUGCAUGAAUAAUAAAUUACAUAGGUUUAAGAAAUCAAGAGUCUCUAACAAUUAUGUGAUGAAUAAACUGAUUUAAACAAUAAAUAACAAUAAAGUAUUGAAAAACUCAAUAAACAAAUCAAAGAGUCUCAUCUCACUAAUUAACAACUAACUUUAGAACUUUAACAACUUAAGGAUACUCAUUAGACUAUUGAUAUGCAAUCAAGAUAUAUUUCUUAGGAAGGAUAGGAAUAUAAAUCUAAAGCAGAAUAAUAUCAAUCUGCUUAUACUCUGCUUGAAUAGUAAUUCAAAACUUAUAAAUAAGAAUCUGAUAAAUAGUUAAAAGAUUAUUAAAGAAGAUUAUAAACAGUUACUGAUCAAAAUAUCUUUCAAGAAACUGAACUCUCCAAUCUUAAGGUAGAAAAUGAAUAACUCAAGAUUAAGAAAUAAUAAGAAUCUUAAAAAUAGAAGGAAGCUUUAGAAUAAUUAAAAGAAAAAAGUUAAAAUAAAAUUAAGGAAUACAAACUUAAAGUAAAAGAUCUAUAAAAUAAAGACUAAUACAUAAUUGAACUUUAAGAGUAAGUCAAAGAAUUAGAAUAAUAAAUUGAAUUUCAUACAACUCAACAUAGAUAAGCCAUCAAGAUGUUGGAAUAGCAAUACAAAAAAUAAUAUACUAGAUUGGAGGAAGGUUUAGAAUAAGAAAAAUCAGAUUUAUAAUAACAUCUUACAACAAGUUUUCAAUCUACUAUCUCCGAAAAAGAUAAGGAUAUUAUUGGGUUAACUUAAGACAUUAAACAAUUAAAAAUUUAAUUAUAAAAUGAAUAAGAAUAAAAAUUAAAGAAUAAUUCAAAAUAUGAAGAAAUUAUUCAAACCUUAAAAAAAUAAUUAGAAGAAUAAUAAAAUUAAAUUGAUGAAUCUCUUUAAAAAAAUAAAAUACUUGAAUAAGAAAAUAAUAGAAAAGAUUAAAAUCUUAAAUUAUUAUUAGCUGAUGUUGAUGAUUUGAAAUAAUUUUCAGAGUAAACCUUAAAUACUUUAAAAGAGAAUCAAGAUUACAUGAGUGAAAUUGAAAGAGAAAAAUAAUAAUAACAAGAAAUCAUUCUCUCUAUUCAACAUUAAUUAGAAAUUGAAAUUUAAGGAUCAUUCUCAUAUUAAAGAUUAGGAUAAGAAUUAGAACAAAGAUGUAAAUUAUAUAAAGAAGAACAUUGUUAAAUAUUAGAGGAAUAAUUAAAAAAAGAAGCUUAAUAUUAAUAAGAUAUUCAAUUCAAAGAAAACAAAUUUAAGCAAGAAAUAGAUAAUUUAAAUAAGGAACAUUAAUUAAUGGUAGAAAAUUUUGAAAAUUAAUUGAAAAAAAUGAAGUUAGAAAGUAAGUUACAAAAUGAAGAAUAAAUAAGAGCUUAUAAUUAAAUACAAAAGGAAUUAUUCUAGAAAGUGUAGUAAUAUGAAAAUUUGGAAAAACAAAACAAUAAUUUAAUAAAUGAAUUAGAGUAAUACAUAUCAUAAUAUACUCAUAAUUUGCAAUAAUUAGAAGAAUAAAAAAUAAAAGAGAAGAAUUUAAUUGAAAGCUUAAACAAAAAUUAAAAUUUGUGGAAUACUGAGAAACAUUAAUUAGUAUUACAAAUAGAUGAAUUAUAAUUUAAAUAUAGAUCUAUGAAAUAAAAGAUUCAAAGAUUAUUUAUUAAGUAGAAAGAAUAAUUUAAUUUAUAACUAAUUGAGACAAAAUCAGUGAUUUUAAAUAAAGUAAAGAACUAUGAUUCUGAGAAUAGAUAAUUAUUAUAGAGUACAGUUAAGAAAUUCAAUUAUGUAUAUAAUUUAAAUAUUUUAGUUAAUUGAUUAAAGGGUAUAAUAAGAAAAGAGAGAGAAUGAAUUUUCAGUGAUAGAAUUAUAAAAAGAGAUGGAAAGAAAGAUUGAACAAUUAAAGAGAUAAUAUAAAUAGAAUGAAUAAUUAAUACAAGAAGAAGCUCAAAUUAAAUUUAAAUAGAAAUUGUCAUAAAUUUAAUAGCAUGAUUAAUCAAUUGAUGAUUUAAAAAAUUAGUUGAAUUAUUAUAUUCAUGAGAAUGAACAUUUAUCAUAGAAAGUUUAAGUGUUAGAUUAACUUAAUAGAGAAUAAUAGAAAAAAGCAGAAUAUGAAUAAAGAUAACUCCAUUAGACAAUAAAAGAAUUAGAGGAUGAAUUGUAAAUUAAUUUACUAUUAUCAUAUAGAAAUUAAAUUUAAUAAUCUGCUGAUUACACUAUGAAGGAAAGAUAGUUCCUUGAAUAAAGAUACAAUGAACUAAAAGAUAAAUCAGAAAAAAAGAUGGAUCAAAUUUAAAGAGAUUAUUAGUAGUAAAUAUAGUAACUUGAAACAAUAAUCCAACCAGUUUAAUAAAGAGCUUUAUCUCCUCCUUUGCAUUAACAUACAUAAUCAUCUAGUACAGGAUUUCAUCGUUCACCUGUAGUUUAAUAAAAUUUAUCAUCAGCUAAACGUAUUAUUUUAUAAGUAUCUCUACCAUAGAUCCAUAUGCAAAACCUCCAUAAUAUAGUAGUCCAUCAAUACGAACACCACAUAAAUCACCAUCAAAUGAUAGAACAGAUAAAACAAUUGAAGAAUUGAGAGCUGAAAUUUAGUAGUAAAAAGAAAAACUUUCAAGAAUGAAACUCAAUUUUACAGAAUCUCAAAAAAAAUCUAAAACUUUGUCUAAGUUUUGA